GGAAGCACUGCACGCUCCCGCACUCGCCUCUCUGCCGCCUUCUUCUGGCACACAGGAGUUUAACUCCUGGCUCCAAAUGUUACCCGUUCAGUGACAAAUCGAUACGGGGGUUUAGGAUAACGUCUUCCGUGAAUUGUUUUUCGCGGUACCGUGAGCGAAGACCUGAGUGGCGCGUGUCCAGAGUCAGUCCGUCAGUCAGUGACGUUGACACAGCAGUAAGCGUCUGCAACAAUGAGCGAAUACUUCAGCCUGUCGGACAGUGACGUUAUCGGCUUCGACCUGGACCACACGCUCUGCCGCUACCACCUGAAGGAGACCUCCAGGCUGAUCUAUGAGAGCUUUGCCAGGUAUCUGGUGGAGCAUAAAGGCUAUGACAAGGACCUGCUGAACCUAACCCCGGCUACCUGGGAUUUCUGUUUUAAAGGACUAGUAGUGGAUCUGGAGGAUGGAAACCUUGUGAAGCUGGCUGAAGAUGGGACUGUUUUGCGAGCGACCCAUGGAAGCGUUGACCUCAGCCCAGAAGACAUCAUCAAACAUUACGGUCCAAAAAGGGAGUGGAAGCACUUCAACAGCCUCAAUACUUCCUUCACAAGAUCUGCAAAAUAUUAUUUCUAUGACAACUACUUUGAUUUGCCUGGGGCUCUCCUCUGUGGAAGAGUUGUGGACAUGUUGCAUAAGCGAGGAAAUGAGGUGAAUUCCGACUUUUGGAAAGACAUGGUUGCUGCCAUCGACCACAAUUACAACACAUCUGCAUUCAAAGAAGAUGCAGGGACGUACUUCCCCAGUGUGAAAAGGGACCCGGGCCGGUACCUGCAGCCCUGCUCCGACUCAGUCAAGACCUGGCUGCGCAGCAUGAAGAGCGCCGGGAAGGUCCUCCUCCUCAUCACCAGCUCCCACAGUGACUACUGCAGGCUUAUCUGUGAACACAUCCUGGGCAAGGAUUUCGAAGAGCUAUUUGACGUCAUCAUCACUAACGCCCUGAAGCCCGGUUUCUUCUCCUUGGUGCCCCAGCAGAGGCCCUUCAGGACCCUUGUGAACGACGUGGAGGAGAGCGAGGGGCUGCCGGCGCUGGACAAACCCGGCUGGUACUCCCAGGGCAACUGGCCACACCUCCACGAGCUGGUCAAGACCAUGACGGGCAAACCAGAGCCCAAGGUUGUGUAUUUUGGAGAUAGCAUGAGGUCGGACAUGUUCCCUGCCAGCACCUUUGGGAAGUGGGAGACAGUGAUGAUCGUGGAGGAAAUGGAGGGGGAGGGCGUCCCCAAGAGCGAUGCAGCCAUGUCCAAUGAGGCCCAAGUGGAGCCGCUGGAGAAGAAGGGAAAGUUUGAGGACCAGGGCAUGAAGUCCCCCUCUGACGUGUCCAAGCAGUGGGGCUCCUACUUUGUGGACGUACAUGGAGGCGGAGGGGAGGAAGAGAGCCAGAAACUGACCUGGUGCUGCCACUGCAUUCACAAAUACAGCACCAUGGCCAUCCCCAGUGUGGAGCACAUAGCAGAUCUCCCUCUGGAUUACAAGUUCCCCAGGUUUUCUCCGGACAAGCCCUGCACCACAGGCUACUACCCCAGGCCCCCGGAUUCUUUGUUGAAGAGGUGCGAGAGUCUGUCGUAAAAAAAAAAAAAAGAAGAAUGGAAAAAAGUUUUUAAAAAAGAAAGAAAAGUCCUCCCUUACACCUCUGCCUCAGGAGAGGAAUGUGCCUCCAUUUUGGCCUGUAGUUUCCCACCUGACCCCGCCAGCGUUUUUAUGGAUCCAACUGCAGUUCUAGUCAAGACCCGCCCUACGAAGCAGCCCGACCCACCUGGGUGAGGUUAAGCCCAGUUCAGACCAAAGAUACGUGACGAGAUGAAACAGUUUUAGAACAGAGAAACGUUUCAGCGGUCUCAGCUGGACUCAAACCAGCUGAUGGUGAUUCCAUGACUCAGCUGGUGGAGUCUCCAGAGGCUGGUUUUAGAACGUAAGAGACGUCUCCUGUUUCAACAGACAGUAGAGAAGUCAUCUUGGGAAGUCAGCUACAAUAAAAUGAUCCAUAUUACUGUUAACGAAGACUCAAUGUGCGCCGGCAAGCACGUACGGUGGAGCGAGCUAGAGUGACUGAAGAGAGCGAGCACCUAGGACAAAGCCUUGAAUCCCAGAAAUCAAACCUGUUUUCACUAUCACUAACGUUAUUCACAUUCAUAUUUAGCAACAAAUGAUAUAUUAAAAAGUCUGAAGUUAGGACGGAAGCACCAAGUUGCUAUGGAGAUGAUGCACCGUCUCGUCGCUUUGGUGUGGCAGGUGGUAGAACGCUGCAGACCGACGCGUUGCAUGACGUUGCGAAUUUUAACUUGUCACGUCGUGAAUCUUUGGUCUGAACUGGACUUAAGGCGUUGACCUCGGGUAUUUAAGGUUAGGAUAGCCGAUUAGUCAGGAGAUAAGACCUCGACAAAUCGGUGUCAGUUACCUCGGGCCAGCACGGAUGCCUGGCCAAUCGUAGCGCGCAAAAGCUAUUUAAGGGCGGGUCUUGCCUAGAACUGCAGUCGCAGAUCCACAAUAACACAACCCGCCGCCAUCUGUGGAGCACAGGACGCAGACACUCCUCACCCAUUCAGAGAAACCAUGUGAAUGUAAGCCACAGUAUCUCUCUGUAAUAACGCCUACAUUUGAACGUUGUUUCGUGGUUUAGUGUACCGUGCACAAAAUAAGUGUGUGUGUGUGUGUGUGCGUGCGUGUCUGCAUACAGUAAUAAUACGAAAUGUAGUGUUUUUAUUGUUUUCAUGUGUGCGACCCUUAUUAUUUUCUAUGAUAUAUUUGAUUUAAAUCUGAAUUCUUCAAACUUUCAAAAUAAAGUGAGCAUUUUACUGUCUCUUAUUACCUCAACGUUAUCUACUGUACGCAGUACCCGGAUGGCCACAGCGUGUUUGUCCCUUAAGACCCUUUGCAGUCAUUGUGUCAGUAUUUCUGUACAACACUGUUGUUGUGAAGUCCUGUUUUUUUAAUAUAGUUUUACUGUUUGCAUUUUAGUAACCUUAACAUUAGGUUUAAGGUCCACUGAUUCCCCUGUGUCAGUUUCGUAGAAGGUGUUAAUCUUCAGGUCAUUGUUGCUAAAGAAGUGGCACUAUGGUAUCCUUUGUGUUGGCUGUCUCAAAAAACAACUUUGCAAAACACCUAAUAUUAAUAAUAAUGGAUGAUGAAGACUAUGCUAGGUGUUCUCUGUAUUAUUUUUGUGCUCUUUGGGUGAUUGUGUAAAAACGUGGACUACUUGUGCUUCAUUUGUAUGCAGUACCAGAUUGAGAAAUUCUUUACCGACUUCUGAAUGGUCAUUUUGUCGGUGUGCAUAGAUAGACAAGCUGUGCCAUAAUAUUUAAGAAACUCAGUUUGGGGAAAAUAAUCUGUGAAAGUUUGCCUGUAUCUCUCACGUCACCAAAUAUUGCUUUUAACAUUUAUCUCUGUUCGGGGAAGUGUUUAGCCUAGCUUAGCACUGUUAGCCUCAGUCCAACAUGGAAAGAUACAACUUGCAACAACUCUUAAAUGUUACUUCUUGAUAGUACUUGCAAGUCAUUUUCUCCUAUUACCGACCCUUGUUAACCAAUCAUGAGUCUCGCAUUGCCAGACCUACCUCCACAGCGCUGCGGAGGAAAGUCUGGCUAGUCCACAAAACGUACUCUGGUUUCUUUAAACCAAUCACAACUGCCAGACACUAUGACGGUGCCUCUGCAAAAUAGUCUCGGGAAGGAACUCGUUUUGGUGGAACGUGUACGUUUUGAACAGUCUAGUUUGCUAAGAACUAGGCAAUAAAACACCUUACAAAUGCCCUCCUUAUAAGGGGUAGUGGUAGUAAUUGUGAGUUUAUGUUACCACACACGUCCAUUCAUUCCAUGUCUGUCCUGUAGAUUGAAUUUUGAAUAAAGGGGAAAAUCUACAGCAUUUGGUCACUGCACUUAAUGUAGCUGUUGCUUACAAAUGAGCUAAUUCUAAGUUAAUAAACUACAAUGGCAAAAAUAAAUCAACAUAGUUUUACAUAAACAAGCACCAACAUAUAUACUUUUGAUGGAGCCAGACUAGCUUCUUGGCUAGCUGCCUUCUUUGAGCCUUUGUGCUAAGCUAGGCUAAGCAUCCUGGAGCAAUAAGCACACAGAGAUGAUACUGGUGUAAGUAAGUCAUCAAACAAGAUUUCCCAAAUAUAAUUUUAGAUUAUCAUCAUCUGACAAGUGAAGAGAGAAUAUUUUGACAAUAGGCAGCAAAUAUAAAGAGAAGUCGAAGUCAAAUAGCUGUCGGCAUGCACGUGAGAUUGGUCAUCCAAAGUGAAUUAUUACUUUUGCUGUGUGUGCAAGUGUUUUCUGCAUACAGCUGUGGUGAUUGUACUUUUCUUUUCUCAUCUGACCUGGAAAAUUUCAUAUGCACAUUUGCCUUAUGUUGGAAUCAUUUGUGGUCUUGAAAACACAGGGAACGUUCAAUACUGUGUUCAAGUGUUAAAGUACUGUCAAUGAAAUAAAAUGUUCUACAGUUUUCUUACUUAA